UUAAAACACUGCUUAAGCUGCGCCAUUUUCCAGCAAUAAAAGCUUCGUAUUUGACCCGGAAAAAGAAGUCAUAAUCGGAUCAAUGUUCUGAGCGUUGAAAACCACGCACUCGCCCUCUCCUCUUCCUCCUCCCCAAUAAGAUCGAAGCUUCUCUUCUCUCGCCGAGGGCCGGACCCGAUCUCAAAUGGCGAUGCUUAGGGUUUUCUUCUUGGCUCUCCUCCUCCUCGCUUCUCCUUUCCUCCAAGUUGCUAGGUGUCAAUCAGAAUCUGAUGUGGAAGCUGCUCAAGUUGUUGAUGAAGGAGGUGAUUUAGGGAUUGUCGGGGAGGAUGCCCAAGACUUUGGCGAUGGAAGUUUCAGUCCUGCUUCAGGAGUGGACACCGUUUGUGUUUUCCCUAAAAAUACUGCACGACUGGUGACGGCUGGGGAAGAGACUGAACUACUAGUUGGAGUAAAAAAUGAUGCGGAAUCAAGCUUGAAUGUCAUUGCAAUCAAGGCCAGCGUACAUCUUCCUGCGGAUCAUCGUCUUCUGGUCCAAAAUCUUACUGCACAGGCUUUUAACAAUGCAUCAAUGCCAAGUUCAGCUCAGGCUUCUUUCCCUUAUAUUUUUGCCGUAAGCAAGUACUUGCAGCCUGGAAUCUAUGAUCUUGCAGGAACCAUUUUUUAUGAGAUAGACCAACAUCCAUAUCAAAGCACCUUCUAUAACGGCACCAUUGAAGUUGUCGAGGCUGGUGUUUUUCUCAGCAUUGAGUCUGUUUUCCUGUUUACUCUUGGAGUUGCCCUUCUUGCCCUUCUUGGAUUGUGGGUAUAUGGUCAGAUACAGAAUAUUUCUAAGAAAACUAAGAGGGCACCAAAGGUGGAAGUUGGAACUGGGACUACAGAUGCCUCUCUCGAUGAAUGGCUGCAGGGAACUGCAUACACCCAGUCUUUAUCCAGCAAGUCAAAAAAGAAGAAGUAGAUCUAUAUGGCUACCGAAGUUGCUACUAAGCUAGCUGCACGACGUAUUUAAGUGAAGGGAACUCUUGUACUUUGCAGUAGGCAUUUGGAUAUUUAAACGAACCCCAGAAGUUGUAGUUUUGGGGAAAUUUAGCCUAGAAAGAACUUGCUUUGCUGUUGUAGCAUGAGAGUACAUUUUAAUUUUUUUUUGGGGGGCAGUGCUGAAAUUUGCUGCUUUUUUGAAUAGCAAAACUAACGGAGAUUGAGUUAGAAAAAUGUCUUCUAGAAUUUUUUGACCAUAUCAAUUUUCAAUUGCGAUUUAAUUAUCA